CGCCCUGCCCGGCCGUGACGCGCUACGCGCGCGCCGCUGCGCGCAGUGCAUGCUGGGGCGGUGGCGGGACCAUGGCGAGCGAUUUCUACCUCCGCUACUACGUCGGGCACAAGGGCAAGUUCGGCCACGAGUUCCUCGAGUUCGAGUUCCGGCCCGACGGGAAGCUGCGCUACGCCAACAACAGCAACUACAAGAAUGACGUCAUGAUCCGAAAGGAGGCCUACGUGCACAAGAGCGUGAUGGAGGAGCUGAAGAGAAUCAUCGAUGACAGCGAAAUCACCAAAGAGGAUGAUGCGCUGUGGCCGCCUCCCGACAGAGUUGGUCGCCAGGAGCUUGAAAUAGUAAUCGGUGAUGAGCACAUCUCCUUUACGACGUCAAAAAUCGGUUCACUCAUUGAUGUAAAUCAAUCCAAGGAUCCAGAAGGCUUGAGAGUGUUCUACUACCUGGUCCAGGACCUUAAGUGUCUAGUCUUCAGUCUUAUUGGCCUACACUUCAAGAUUAAGCCAAUUUAAAUCAAACAAACUGAAGUUUGUAUUGCAGUAUCGGGGUGGGAGGGAGGAACGGUGUUUCAAUUUGUGGCUUUUUCUGGCCCAAAGCUUUUAUGUAUGUUAGAAUUUUUUUUUUUACAAACUGUCAGUGACUAUCUUAAUAAAAUGGUGAGAUCUGUAUUUUUAA